AAGCGAUGCCCUUUCGAGAUGGGGUAUAGCUGCGACCCGACUUGGAAUCCGAGAACAUCUUAGGAUCUUUCCUCCUUCUGCUCCGAGCUCCUCUUGGUCUCAAGUGUUUUUACUUCAACAUGAAGGUACUCUCAGCCGUUCUCCUCCUUGCUGCUGUGGCCCACAGCCUCCCCCAGGGGUACGACUACCAGCCCCCACCCCCACAGCCCACCUACCUGGCCCCAGAGCCCAGCAACCGGGUGGAUCAGGUUGCGAUGGAGGGGAUGCCCUACGACUUCACCUGGGGCGUGGAAGACUCAGAUAGCGGCAACGCCUUCAGCCACGUCGAGAACAGCGACGGCCAGAGGACACAAGGAGAGUACAGGGUUCUCCUACCUGACGGACGAACACAGGUGGUGACCUUCUACGAUAAUGGAGACGGUUUCAACGCCGACGUCAACUACGAAAAGUAAACAAACGAAAAUAUGACGAUCACGUUCCGCCAGACCGCCCAACUAUAGCUCGCCGUUCACACACCCACGGAAUGUUCCCGCGCGUAUUCCAUAGCUUCUCGACGAAUUAGAACUGUACAUAGCAAACCUUGGAUGUAUUUAUACGGUCGAAAAUAAAAUCUGUACUUACA